GGCGGUGGCUGAGGCCUCGCGCGGCCCAUCGGUUUCUCCGCGGUCGACUGCUGGGGCUUGACCAGCCUCUCGCGCGGCGGCGGCGGCGGCGGGCACGUCACUUGGGCAGGGCGCGCGUUGCCCGGCGCCUGGCAGGGGACCGAGAGGCCGCAGGGAGCCCGCUCCCGCUCCCGCUCUUCCACAGGAUGUUCCAGACGUUAUACAAUUACUUUUGGUGGGACCGGCUCUGGUUGCCGGUGAACCUGACAUGGUCGGACCUGGAAGACAAGGAUGGGCGGAUCUAUGCCAAGGCUUCAGACCUCUACAUCACCAUCCCCUUAGCCUUCCUCUUCCUCAUCGUCAGGCACCUCUUCGAAAUAUAUGUGGCUACCCCACUAGCCGGGCUUUUGAACGUCAAGGAGAAGAUCCGAUUAAAAGCCACCCCAAAUCCCGUGCUAGAAAAAUUCUACGCUUCAUCCACAAAACACCCCAAGCAGGGCGACAUCGAGAUGCUCUCCAAGAAGAGCGGCUGCGCGGUCCGGCAGGUGGAGCGCUGGUUCCGACGCAGGCGCAACCAGGACAGGCCCAGCUUGCUCAAGAAGUUCCGGGAGGCCAGUUGGCGAUUCACCUUUUACCUUAUUGCUUUCAUUGCUGGCAUGGCCGUCAUAGUGGAUAAGCCCUGGUUCUACGACUUGAAGGAAGUGUGGAAAGGGUACCCGAUCCAGACCACGCUGCCGUCGCAGUACUGGUACUACAUGAUCGAGCUGUCGUUCUACUGGUCCCUGCUCUUCAGCAUCGCCUCCGACGUGAAGCGCAAGGACUUCAAAGAGCAGAUUAUCCACCACGUGGCCACCAUCAUCCUGAUCAGCUUUUCCUGGUUCGCCAACUACAUCCGGGCGGGGACGCUGAUCAUGGCCCUGCACGAUUCUUGCGACUACCUGCUGGAGUCUGCCAAGAUGUUUAACUACGCCGGCUGGAAGAACACCUGCAACAACAUCUUCAUCGUGUUCGCCGCCGUCUUCAUUGUCACGCGCCUCAUCAUCCUGCCCUUCUGGAUCAUGCACUGCACGGUGGUCUAUCCUCUGGACCUGUACCCGCCCUUCUUCGGCUAUUACUUCUUCAACUUCAUGAUGGUGGUGCUGCAAUCGCUGCAUAUCUUUUGGGCGUAUCUCAUCAUCCGGAUGGCCCACAAGUUCAUAACUGGAAAGGUGGUGGAAGACGAGAGGAGUGAUCGCGAAGAGACCGACAACACGGAAGAGGAGGAAGUGACAAAGAACGGGCCCCUUUCCAACGGGCACCCCGUCCUGAACAACAACCACCGGAAAACCGAUUGAUUUUAGGCGCAUGUGGAGGUGUUGCCAGCUCGCCGCCCGGCCCCACCACCAUGGGCAUCAGCUGAGGCCAAAACGUCAAGAGAACUUCAGCUUCCACCCUGCCACCGACUGUAGUGCCAGGGUCUCCCUCCUGUCCCCUAUAAAUAGUUACUCUCCCUCUUCUCCUCAAAACGGAUCUAGUGGAAAUAGCUGACCCAUCUAGGGGGGAGGCUAAAGGAAUGGACCCUGGAGUGCCAGCACCAACCCUACAUGUGUGCUUAGAAUACAUCAUUUGAGGUCAAUUUUCUUUCCUAUCGCUGCAGAUGGAAAUGUGCCAACUUUGUGGGGGGAGGGGUGGUAGUGCCUUGUGCCACCACCAUACAGUAGUGUCCUUUCUCUCUGCAUCUGCACCCAGCUGCCUUAAAACCAAACUGGGACGCAAGGAUUCCCUUCUCCACGACUAUCUGGCCCCAUCCCCAAACUCUAGGUGCGCAGUGGAAGGCACAGCCAGACUGCUACAUGAGGGAGAGAUGGCAAAUUGCUCUCUCUGUUUUUGUGUUUUACACACACUCACAUCCACAGAGAAAGCUGGUGCCAGUUCCUUCCCAGUCUGUUUUAGUGGUGAGGUAUGGUUUCAUUGCCUCUCGAGUUGCUCUGUUCUCGCCUCUCGAGUUUCUGGAAGGGAAUCCCCUAGCUGUGUGGCUGGUGGAAAUAACGCACAAAAAGCAGAACUCUAAUGUCCUCCGAGGGCUUGGAGUCAAUCGCAAAGGCUCGUUCGUUCCCCUUUGUUGUUGGGUUUUUUGGAAACGACUGCAAGCCCUCUCCCCAAACUCCUUUCCAGCUGUAGAGGGAAUAAGUGUUUCCAUGGAGUUUAUUUUGCUUUCUUGGGUACUAGCAAAGGCAUGAAAUCAAAGCCUUGGCAGGCCAGAGACCAACCUGUCAAUUUCAGCUAAGCCCAUCCUGCAGUUCAGGCCCUUCUGGGAGCUUUCGCUCCGCUGCAGAGUGGAGUUCAGGGACUAAGAUGGACGGGUCUUGUUUUG